AAACCUGUACUGUAUACUUUGUAUUACAGCGGUUGAAACUGAAAGCAACUGAAAGUAAAGUUAUCGUUGACACCAAUGAGUAUAACUGGUCUCCAGUUGAACAUAGAAGGCCCAAUUAAGCUUAUAACUGCAAAAGGUGUUUAUGAUCGGUGGUGUUUACUCCUUGGCUUGUGUUCGUCGGGGUAUAGACUUUCUAGGAAGAAGUAUUUUGAAACCAAUUGUAUUGUAGGCAUUAUUGAAUAAUUUAUUUGGGGGGGGGUUAAGUCGAGUUGAAAGCGGCGAUUUUAGUUACCAGUGUCACUCAAUGAUGGUAGAAAAAUCACGUUGAUAUUGAAAGUUCCAACAGGAUUAAAUUGAAAUGUGUUAAUUAAGACGGCGUCAACAUUAUCGAAACAGGGAAAGCGUUGUUGUUUGAAGCAAUUGUCGCUAUUAAACACCACAGAGUCAAUUUAUAUCCUCUCAAUAUAAAUAAACUCGCGCAGUCUCUUAAGUCACUUUCCCAAUGAUACGCUGAAUUAACAAUUCCAUUCGUAUGUCACUACUUCACAAAACGUAAAAAGGCUCUGCACUGGCUCAACACAUGUAAUCCCAUGUCUGGGUUAAUUUCUCCACAUAGCACAACCAGGUAUGAAGUAACAUAUAUUUUCCCCUGAGUACAUAGUAAAAACCGCCCACGAUUCCAUUGUUCACACUUCACAUACCUGGAUGGUUUGACAACCAUAUUUGGUAAUGAACGAACCCAUCAGGGGUUCGGUAUCGGUUCUACCUGAGUGCACACACAUUAUCUAAUCCAAGUACAUUGUACCCUGGGUAUUGCUCUCUCACGUUCUCGCCCUUUUAUCCCCGAGAAGAAGAAAAAUUUCCAAAAGCGAGGUCGUGAACUUGCUAAAGAUCUUGUGUGUGUGCGAGUGUGUAGGAUUACAAGAGGGAAAUUCCGACUCUUGUGUCGUUUUAACAUGCAAAUGAGUUCCUCAAUAAUCAGCCUUAGGAGAUUUUCUUUAUCGUACGAACUCCGAACUACACCAAAAGCGGGCACAGGUUUCAUUACAACACCUGUAUGUGGGUACAUACAGGCAAACUACCAUAAACCGAAGAUUCUGUAUUGAUUGCCGUCCAUUGACUAAAAGUAGUUCCGACAUACCGCCAUUGUGAGCAUUGAUGCCUACACUGAGAUGCAAAGUAGAACAUUUCAUGCAAACUUCAGAACAUUAAGCAUUCAUUUUUGCCAUCGUACCGCCUCACUUUUUCCCUCAAAUAAUUGGAAUUCAUUGGUUAAUAUAAUAUUCGAAAAGGACACAAUUUGGUGCAAACUGCUAAUCGUUAGUUGAUCAGCCGCGUAGGAAUUUCUUUCCGCUUAUUUUCUGGGCGUUGACCAAAACCUGGAGCCUCGUUUUCACACGCGGAAAUGCGCAAUCAAAAUUCGCCACAGUGUAUACGAAGCUGUUUAGUUUGAAGGUGGUGUCUGUAACCCUAGGAGGGAAACUUGAUCAGGAAUCUUUGCUUUAAUUAGCACACACCAGCAGUGACUUCUUUGACUACUCACAUCAUUGUUAUUGGCUGUGAAGCUUUGCAUUUCUGGUUGAAACACACUGAAAGAAGGUCGGCUGGGAAGCAGUGAAUGACCAUGGCAAUAUCUGACAACAUGACAACAGCUGUAAGCUCAACCAUCGCACCUUCCCGUUCAACAGGUUUGGACGCUGGACUGCUGGCGGCGAUUGGUACGAUCGUGGCGGUCACUGGCCUCAUUCUGGCAUGUUUGACAUAUUGGUGUGGUAAUAACGUCAUCGGAAGACUGAGACAAUGGGUACAAAAUCGACGGCAACGCUCGCACAACCAGCCACAAGACACUGAGGAACGCAUUCCACUUUCAGAAACACCCACUCAUUCACAAGGAAACACUGGAGAGCAGAGAGGAAGUGGUCAAAGAUGCAACACUGGAUCACGUGAUGCAGCCCAACACGCUGCAGAUAAGUGCGAGAAGGUAUUGAAGAAAAUAUACACAACUACAGGUAGCUAUGUACAGAUGCUCCCGUGGAUCGAUGAUGACCAAAAGCACAUUAUGGAUAUCUAUACAAAGUUGCAGUUAGAAAAAGAUCGUGAAUGUGAUCUGAAGGGAGACGUAGGAUCGUACAGUGAUGUCUUCAAAAUCAAGUCAAGAGAAGGUCAUCCAAUAAAUCGGGCAAUUUUUAGAGGAACACCGGGGAUUGGUAAAACGACUCUCUUUGACAAAAUUGCCUACGAUUGGGCAACUGGUGCCACAGCUCUUCUGAAAAGGUUCAAGUUUGUUUUUGUGUUGAAAAUGCGCUACCUGAACCAGAAAUCGGAUCUGAUUGACGCACUGUUUGAUCAGUUAUUACAUUCAGCGGAAAUAAGUAAAGCCGACUUGACUGCAUUCAUUACAGCCCGGGCAGGCGAAGUGUUAUUUCUUUUGGAUGGCUUCAAUGAAUUCAUGACGGAUGACUUGGUAGAGAAAAACUUCAGUUCGAUCCUAAAGACUCUUAAUCGAAAGGGGGAAUACAAAGAUUGCUGUGCAUUUGUAUCAACCCGCCCCUCCCACUAUGACAAACUGGUAAAGAAAUGUUUGAUACAGAGGCCGUUCGCUCUUGUUAAUAUGUUGGGGUUCAGUGAUAAAGAUAUAAAAACCUACGCUAAGAAAUUUUAUUCGGAUGAUCAUUCUAAAGCCAACGGUCUUCUUAAAAGGAUUGGAUCUUCUCAUGUCCUGGUAGAUUUGGCCAAAAGUCCAAUGCUGCUAUUAUUAAUGUGUGUAUUAUGGAAAGAAAGUUCUAACCUCCCUGAAACCAUGUCAUGGCUUUACAACAAAGUAGUAAAAUAUAUAUUCAACAGAAAAACGAGCAUGUCACCAGCACAAAUAUCAAACCUUGUUAUAGGAAUCGGAAGGAUUGCUCUUGAUGGUCUUCUUUCAUUGAAUCAAAGACUCUCAUUUGAAGAAGCAGAUUUCGAUAAAGAUGUUCUUGAUAAGGCUUUAAAAGCUGGUAUUCUAACCAGCGAACGAGUCGUAAGAGGUCUAGAUGUUUGUAAAAAUGUUUACUUUUUCCACAAGACUUUUCAGGAAUUCUGUGCUGGUAAAUACUAUCAAAGUCUGAAUGCUGAAGAGACUGAAGAGAAAUUGGAGAGAUUCUUUCGUAAAGAUCGUAACCUUAGAAAGUUUGAGUAUCUGUUGCGCUUCUGUUGUGGUGACAAUCAAGGGCCCACGACACAAUCAAUUUUACACAUGUUAUCGAACGAUGUUCGCAGAAUUGGCAUGUUGGUGUUGGUCCUGGACUGCUUCUUCGAGAGUCAGUGUGACACACUUCCAACCGACCAAGUAAUCGAAUUUGUUUUAUCACGCCCCAUCGUAUUUAUUGGCGUCCGCAGGGAUAUUUCGGCAUCGUUAAUAUACUUUCUAGACCGCAUUACUGACCAGGCAAAGGGUGGAAGGAAUACCUACCUGGACAGGGUACAUAAACUGGAUAUAUCAUGCUGUCACUCAAGGCAAUUUGGCGAAAGACUUUCGCAUUAUGUGAAGAACAUGCGAUUUUUAUCUAAAUUUACUGUCAGUCCAAGCACGUUUAACAAAACACAGAUAGAAGCAUGUCUUGAUAACAAAACGGAUUUACAAAAGUUAACCAUUAGACCCAGCUUGAAACCCGACCUGAUGCCCAACCAAGUUGAACUGACUGUGAGUGACAUCCUUCAUAUUGUCAACACACUGAAUAAUAUGCCAAAACUUGUUGAGGUGGAUCUGUCUUGGAAUGGGACCCUUGGUGGCUCAGAUAGUACAUGGUCUCAAUUGGCGAAAAUUAAACAGAUCCAGAAAGUAAAGUUGAAGAACUGCAACUUGACUGAAGGAGACAUUCCUCAUAUUGCUGACACACUGAGAAAUAUGCCAAAUCUUGUUGAAUUAGAUCUGUCUGGAAUUAAGAUCCUUGCUGGCUCAGGAAGUACAUGGUCUCAAUUGGCAAAAAUCAAACAGAUCCUGAAAGUAGAUUUGAGGAAAUGCAACUUGACCGAGAUUGACAUUGCUCAUAUUACUGACACACUGAAAAAUAUGCCGCAACCUGUCGAAUUGGAUCUGUGGGGAAAUUAGACCCUCGGUGAGCUCAGUUAAUGUAUGGUCUCAUUUGGCGAAAAUCAAACGGAUCCACAAAGUACAGUUGGGGAACUGCAACUUGACCGGGGGUGACAUUCCUCAUCUUGCUGAUCACCGAGUAAAAUGCUGAAUCUUGUUGAAUUGAAUCUGUCUCGGAAUAAGACCCUUGGUGGCUCAAAAGACCCAUGGCCUUUCCUGACGAAAUUAACAAAUCUUCAAAAGCUUUACGUCAACGAUUGCAAUUUAACGGAUGACGACAGAGCACAGAUUGCUGAAGCAAUUGUUUAAAUUGAACCACAACUUAAAAAGGGCUUGAUUUUAACUACCAAAACACUACCCGUCUAAUUUGAACUCACAACCAUUACGCUCGUUAACAAACAAUGAACGAUUACUUCAUCGCCCAGUUCGGAAUCAGCGCAUUUUUAAGGAAAGCGAACUUAUCAAGUGAUUCCUGCUCACUGAAGUACCCCCUCAACGACGACCAUUAAAGAUGCUGCGCAACAUAGGACGUCAUUAGGCCUAUGCGCCAGGAAGCCACGUGAAGUAAUCAAAGGGCACAUGUUCCUGUAUCUAUUGAUGUAGGUUUCAUUUCCAUAUUUGAUUUAGUUGGCGAUUAUCCGCGAAAGAGGGCAAUGGUUUUUGGCUUAUAUUUUUUUUUAUCUUUUCUUUUUUUAAUUUCUCCAUUUGUCUACACGGCCUCCUCCCCGUAAAGUAUUUUCUACCCUAAAAAGACUAAAAAAAUACUCCAAAUCUGGCAAACGUGGUGGCAUUUGAAAGAGCAAUGUGUUCCCGUAUCUACUCAUGUAGGUUUCAUAUCCAUGAAUAUCCAUGUGUUACAUAAAUUACCCAUUUCUCAAGCGUAUUUUACGUCUGACAGACGCGACUAAGCAUUU